CUGAUUAUCACUUCACAUCCUUUGCCCCCGCUCAUCGAGCGUGGGAAAAUACAUCGUCUAGGUUGUCAGUGGCUUUUCUUCCCAGAUUCUCAUUUCGCCAAGGAUCGCCUUAGAAGCAUCACCCUCUCAGAUGUCAUGGGUCAUGCAAUGCGCUGAUCUUCGGGGAGUUUACAUUUCUAUAUCAAAAUACUACGCAGACGUCAUCUGCAAGGCGCUCAGAUCAGCUCCCCCCUUUCUGCUCAGUCUGACUGUCACCGGACUGAGAUUUGCAGAACAUUUUCGGAGGAAUGUCCAAUAAUUGCGGAGCUCUCCGAUUUUGCGUAUUUUUCUGUGAAAUGUGCAACUCUUCUGGGGAAGCUGUCGUGGAUAUCCUUUUGCAAACUUCGCGUCUCGCCUUGGCUUUUCUGCUCUCAGCCGGGUGGUUAUCUUCGUAGGAGGUGCCUGUGUUUGUUUAAUUGCCCGGCGGCGCACAUGCACAGGCGUCCCCACUGGCCGAGCUGUGCUGCCAUUCGUCUGACAGAAGAAGGAAAAAGGAUAAAACAGAAGAUAAAAAAAGGGAAAAGAGGGUCGAAGAUAUUUUUCUCCCCAUUUAGAGUCCCGCAAGGACGCAGUGGAGCUUUUAAACAUUUCUAAAGACGAUUGACUGAUUGAGAGCAAAUGCAGGCUACAGGUAUGAAUAUUCUUCUGAGAUCUCCAUGCGCAUGAGUUGGGCUUUUUUAAUCAAGCGCGCUGUCACUGAUGAGCGGGAUUGCUCAUGAAGAUGUUAAAUUGUUCCAUCAUGCUCAAGAAUAUUUCGAAUGAUAAUUGGAUCAGGUUUAGUAUCACAAAUAUCAUGUAGUGUUUGAACAAAGGAGGAAAAGCCAGCAAUCAGAAAUACCUUUCGCAGCCGGUAUGGGACUGUGACCCGGGCUGUGAGCUCCGUGAGGUGGCGGUUCUCUGCGCGCAGACUGGACCUGUGCGGUUGUGACAUUUCCGAGCCAUGGCCGCUGCCAUCGCGAGUGGGUUGAUCAGACAGAAGAGGCAAGCGCGGGAGCAGCACUUGGACAGACCCUCCACCAACCGACGGAGGAAGAGCCCCAACAAGAACAAGGGGCUCUGCAAUGGGAACCUGGUCGACAUCUUCUCAAAAGUGCGCAUCUUUGGGCUCAGGAAAAGGAGGCUACGGAGACAAGAUCCCCAGCUCAAGGGUAUAGUGACCAGGUUAUAUUGCAGGCAGGGAUUCUACUUGCAAAUGAACCCAGAUGGCUCUCUUGAUGGGACCAAGGAUGACAGCAGUAAUUCCACAUUGUUUAAUCUUAUUCCUGUGGGCCUCCGAGUCGUCGCCAUUCAAUCAGUGAAGACAGGGUUAUACAUCGCAAUGAACGGGGAGGGCCAUCUCUACACAUCAGAACUCUUUACAGCAGAAUGCAAGUUCAAAGAGUCCGUGUUUGAAAACUACUACGUGAUCUACUCAUCCAUGCUGUAUAGACAACAGGAAUCAGGGAGAGCGUGGUUUCUGGGGCUCAACAAAGAGGGCCAAGCCAUGAAGGGGAACCGAGUGAAAAAAACAAAACCAGCUGCUCACUUCCUGCCCAAGCCAUUAGAAGUUGCCAUGUACAGAGAGCCAUCGCUGCACGACGUCGGAGAGACGGUGCCCAAGGUGGCCGUGCCUCCUAGUAAAAGCACAAGUGAACCAGUGGUGAUGAACGGAGGCAAACCUGUCAGCAAGCCCGACAAACCGGCCACAUAGCCACACUUGACCAGUGUCCGGCGUGAGUGCAUGUGCAGGAGGGGAGGAAUGUAAUGGAGGCAGGUCUUUUUUUUUUUUUUUUCUCCAGCUAGACUCCAAACCCUCCUUUUUUCCUGUGGAUAACAUCCAGCUGAGACUCCUUUCUUUUAUUAUCUUGCUCCUCCUCCUCCUCCCUUUCUCUGGCUAUGUUGGCACAGACUGAAUCUGGGAUGGCUCAGUUUAUCCAGCACAGGAGGAAAGAGGACUUCUGAUCCUGUAAUGCCUUUAGAUCUCUUUAAAAUUGUGAGAAUUGAACUGAAUGGCACGGGGUUCACACUGACACUUGAUGCUAUCUUUGUUGGAAGAACCUCCCUCUCUAUAAUGCCCUGUCGCAGCAGAGUCUAAGUACCUUCAGAUCUAUUUUCUAUAUCACAGUUCACCAGCUAUGUUCUGGUAUAGAGACUGUAUAGACAGAGUUAAUAUUUGGACUGUUGUCCUAUAUUUUUUACAAGUAUGUCCCCGUUUCCUUCUCUUUCUAAUGCUGGUCACAUACUUAAAUUUUUUGUCAAAAGAAAACUAGAACAUUUUUUGGAAGGGUAGUUGUAUGAUUUUUUUUCUAAGAAACACAGCAAACACAAAGUGAACUAGUUCACACUUGAAAGAGUCCAAAUAAACCUUUUUUUUUUUUGUCUACAACAUGCGUAUACCUUAAAAGCAGUUCAAGAAAGUUUGAACAGCUUCUUUGUGGCGCAUAAAAACACAUUGGAGGCUGGCAGACAGCUUCUGUAAUCAUGGUUGAUGAAGUGCUAAUUACCGCCGCUGCAAUCAAUGUGAGGAGCUCCCUGAACACACACACACAAACACAUACACCAACAAAAACAUUUCUAAACAGAUGUGCGUGUGGGUGGGUGGGAGAGCGCUGUAAGGAAAUGGUGUAUACAUAUCACUAUCUGUGUCCCACCAGCGGUUUAGCCCGCCUUCUCUGGUGAAUCAAGAAAAAGGGGGGGAAAUAAAACCUGAAGUCUAUUUUUCUUUAAUCUUAUUUCAGAGCGUGGGCUCUAGGAAAUAUCUCUAGGCCUUGUAGGCCUCUGUUCCUCACUCACCGACUUCUUUGGACAUUGAAGCAAGGCUUUGUGGCUUCGACCCAGAUGGUCUUUAACUGCAGCAAAUGGCAGCCAUCUUAUGGCAGCGUCUACUUAAAGCAAACAAAACAACAUGGCUGAAAUCCAAUAGGUGUUAUUUAUAUGUGCUGCAUCCCUAUUUGGUUCACCAAUCUAAAGCAUGGACAAGGUUACUAUUGUUCCCAUUUUGCAGCAGUUAUACAACAGAAGGCUUAUAAUGUAUCUGUGGCUCUGUAUAAAACCUAGGGAAAAUGACUUAUAAAAAUCAUAACUUUUUAAAGGACUAAAUUAUAUAUUAUUAUUAUUAUUGUAAAAGGAUUUGUCUCCUAGCUCAGCAUGCAGAGUCCAGUACUGAUCAUCUCGGCCUAUCACGUGCCUGUUUGGACCUUGAUUCCCGGCAUGCAAAAACAAGAUCCCAGUACCCACUGGGCCAAAGGUGCCUCACUCACCCCAUAGAUCCAUGUAGAGGAUGCGUAGCAUUAUCCAUCAAAAAAACAACACUCAGAUAUGGUCAUUCUGAAAAAAACCAAAGCACUUUUUUUCAUCCCCAGAAAAACUUAGUCUCGAUGAUUACAAAUCGAAAAAACUAAAUAAAUCUGACCCGUUCUCAGAUUUAAUCCAUCAAAGCUUUCACUGUGACAGCAUUUGUUACUCGUUUGAAAGAAUCAACUGUCCUCAGACCCCAGGUGGUCUUGGCUGAUGUCACUUUUUUGAGACGGAUGUGCGUAUAACCUAAAUGAAUCACAUGCAUGUAUUUUCUACCAGGAACAAGGUAUGGGCAUUGUUCCUCCCUCUCUACGAGCAGGGGGGGGCACUAAAAGGAGCUUGAAUGGGCAUGUUGCAGGCUUUAGCACGCUGAUGACUAAUCUGAAGGUAAUCCACUGCACUUUGAUUUGCAUUUUCAUAAUGACUGUUAGUGGAUUUGUUUAUUUGAAUUCUUUAUUCUUGCUUUACUCAUUUUUUUUUUAUAGAAUUUAACAUGGUAAGAAUUUGGAUAGAAGUAGAUAGUUUACUGCUGUAUGCUGCUAAAAAGUGCAACUUCAUUACAGAAUUGUUAUGGUUAACAUACUAAUCUGUUUUUAUUUGGGUUAUACAUAUUCAGUUUGUGAUGACUAAAGCACAUUAUGUAUGGUUUAGAGACAUUUAUAUAUUAGUUAAAAGCAGUUGAUAAAAUAACGAAUGGUAGGCUUACACACACCUACACGCACAGGAGCUGCAAACCACUUAAGAUGUGUGCAGGGCAAGGGCAGGUUUUGCCCUUUGUACACCCUGUCAUCCUCUAGUUCCACAAACUCUACAUGCUGGGCUGGUUAUAUGCUCUGGCCAUGCGAUCCAGAAAACUGGUUCUUUCAAGGCUGAAAUAACGCUUCAUAAGGACUAGUGUGUACAUGUACAUCUCUGUUGUUUUUUUGUUUUUUUUCCCUUGUUUUUUGUGUAUAAAUUGUUUGUGCCGUUGCUUCCAGAUCCCAACUGGUUUUGCUUUGUUAUCCCCGUAUUCAAUUUAUUUAAGAUGAAUAUCCUUGAAAUUCUAUUUGCAAUCAGAGCAUAUUCAAACCCUCUAAAAGUGAUUGCACUAAUAUAGGUGAAUAAUGUACAUUAAACUAAAAUAUU